GCGCGGCGGAAGCGGCGGCGGCGGCGGCGGCGGCGGGGUGGGUCGGCAUGGAGCCCGGGGAGGGCCCGGGGGCGCUGGACCUGCACGGCGACGAGGAGAUCAUCGAGGUGGUGGAGCUGGGCCCGCCGGGGCCGGAUGACCUGGCCGAGGAGAUGGAGGACGUGGACUUUGAGGACGAGGGGGCAGAAGAGCCCGAUGCCGAGGCUUGGGAGUCGGAGGAUGACGAGGGGGUGGAGGACGGCAUGGAGGCACAGGACGACAGUGAGGUCACGUUCUCGCUCCAUUCGGCCUCUGUCUUCUGUGUGAGCCUUGACCCCAAGACCAACACACUGGCAGUGACAGGCGGCGAGGAUGACAAAGCCUUCGUGUGGCGUGUGAGUGAUGGGGAGCUCCUGUUUGAGUGCUCAGGACACAAGGACUCGGUCACCUGUGCUGGCUUCAGUCACGACUCUGUGUUCGUGGCCACAGGUGACAUGUCAGGGCUUAUCAAAGUGUGGCGGGUGGAUGCCAAGGAAGAAGUGUGGUCCUUCGAGGUGGGGGACUUGGAGUGGAUGGAGUGGCACCCUCAAGCCCAUGUACUUCUGGCUGGUACAGCUGAUGGCAACACCUGGAUGUGGAAGAUCCCCAGUGGGGAUUGCAAAACCUUUCAGGGUCCAGCAUGCCCAGCCACAUGUGGCAGGAUCCUGCCUGAUGGGAAGCGAGCAGUGGUGGGGUAUGAGGAUGGGACCUUGCGCAUCUGGGACCUAAAGCAGGGAACCUCGCUGCAUGUCCUGAAAGGCCAGGAUGGCCAUCAAGACCCCUUGACGUGUGUGGCCAGCAACCAGGAUGGCAGUUUGAUCAUGACGGGCUCUGUGGACUGUCACGCCAAGCUGGUCAACUCCGCCACGGGCAAGGUGGUGUGCGUGUUCAAGAUGGAGAGCGUGACCCCCAAGGCACCCAUCAGUGAGGGCGAGGAGGCAGAGUCCAACUCAGUGGAGUCGCUGGGCUUCUGUAAUGUGAUGCCACUGGCUGCUGUGGGCUACCUUGACGGCACACUGGCUAUUUACGACCUCUCCACACAGAGCCUAAGGCAUAAGUGUCAACAUGAGUCGGGAAUUGUGCAGCUGCUGUGGGAGGAGAGCUCGGCCGUGGUGUACACCUGCAGCCUGGACGGGGCCGUGCGCCUCUGGGACGCCCGCUCGGGGAAGAUGAUCAGCGAGUACAGAGGGCACUCUGCUGAAAUCCUCGACUUCGCUGUCAACAAGGAUGCCUCCAUUGUGGUGACCACCUCUGGCGACCACCAAGCCAAAGUGUUCUGCGUCCAGCGCCCGGAUCGCUAGAACUGUGUCAAGGGAUGGUGUCCUGGCGCUGCCCUGCGCCUUGAGGGAUGAGGGACAUGGUUUCACCGCCCUUCUCCACUGCGUGCUUUGUAAUUUUUCCAGCCUGUCCUGCUUUGCCCUCACCAUCUAGGGGCCAAGCCAGGGGUUUUGUAUGAAGAUGUCUUUAAUUAUAUAAAUUAUUUCACUUAA